AUGGUUAAAAAAUCGAUUGGGUCAUCAUCAGCCAUUGCCACCCAAUUACCGCAAGAUGAAACAUUAAUUCGCAAAUUGUUGCAGGAAGCCAUUUCCCAAAACAUCAAUACUUCUCAACAACAAUGGAUCGGGUUGCACAGAGAGGAACAUUCCAACGAUUCGGAUGAAAACAAUACUCUUUGUAUGGAAGCCCUUCAAGCCUUGUUAUCAUCAUCUUCCAGCAACACCAAUAUUGCACAAAUUGAACAGACUUAUACCAAAGUCUAUGAGCGUCUUCAUAAUGCCAAUAUUUUGAGCAGUAAACCUCAAGUAAAGCAACUCAUUGAAUCCGUUCCAAAGGAGACUCUCGAAAAAUGUGUUAAAUAUUUACAUUCUCAAGAGAGUCGUCUUUCAUCAGACAAGGUGAAUGUUAUGGCUCUUCGUUUUCAUGAAAUUUUAAUACAUUUAACACUCAUCGGAAAAGCUGGAGAUAUGCUUCGAACAAAUGUUGUUGAAGAAUGGAUUCAACCCUUGAUCAAACUCUAUGUGAGUAACAAGACAGAACCAACAAAGGAACUUUUAACUUAUGUGAGUCAAGGACUUCGUUUCUUAAUUCAGCUCAUUGGUUCAUACAGAGAAAUUGUUAAAUAUGUUGCCAACCUUACCAAUUAUAACAACAGAAGAAUAGCAUACGAAAAUAGAUUAAAGAAAGAAAAUAAGAAGGAAAAUCCUCUUAAAAAACGUGCUCAAGAAAAAGCACUUGAUGCCGAAGAGAAAAUGUUCCAAGAAAUGGAGAAACUUGAAGAAGAUUCAGCACUCAAUAACGAUACAGAAAUUGAUGAUUACUUUGAUGAAAAUGAAAAUUCUGGUCUUGUAGAAAAUAAGAAUCACAUAUUCAACAAACCAUUAUUGCAAUUAGUGAUAGAAGCAGGAGAGAAGAACAUUCAAAAUCUUUCCAAUGUUUCUGAACAUGUUGAUGAAGAUUUAGAAAUGGUAUAUAACUACAUUUCCAAAUUGGUCAUGCAAACCUUGAUUGAAAUAAUGGACAUUUCACUCUCUCAAGUCCGAUGUGAAGAAAUAUCAAGUGUGGUCUGUGAUUUGGGAAUUACAUUUUUGAGCAAUUUUAUUGAUUAUUACUUUGAAAGAGAUCGUUCCAUGCUAGAGAAGGCACUUUUAUUGAUUGCAUGCUUUAUUAGUAAUGACAAAUUGGUUCCAACAGUAUGCAAGAGCAUUUUGUUCGACAAGACUGUCCAACUCUAUAAGAAAUAUGUUGUGAAGGGUGAAGAAGGUUCCAAGUUCAGUUCUUACAUUUGUUCUCUUUGCUGUUAUAUCAUUGGAAGGUCAGCCAUUAAGGAUGGUGAUAGUGCUGCUCUAAUCAUUAACAAGUAUAUCAAACCCAAUGAUCAUGCACUAUUAGUAUCUAUUAUUAAUCAUAUCAUUAAGAAUAAUCGAAAUGUCCUUUUAAAACACAUGACCUAUGCUGGCUAUACAGCUUUACAAGGUAUAUUAUCAGCAGAAGGUACUACUGAAUUAAUUGUUGAGGUGAAUAGACAAACAGAUUUAAUUGAUACUUUAAUUAAGGAUAUCAAAUUCAACAGAGAAAAGUUAGAUCCAUAUUUGGCUGAUAUCAAAUAUCACUCUAUGGUUCUCUUGAAAGUCAUUUGCAAUAAUUUGGUGAUUGCUAAAAACUCUGGAACUGAAACAUUGAAACAACAAGUUGCUCCUCUCUUGGAAAAAAUUCUUGAUUCUGGAGUGGUACAAUCCAUGUUUGAUGUCAUUACCAAAGAUGCUGAAAAGAAGAAUAAGAAAAAAGAGAGAGAAGACAAACCAACCAUGAAAGAUUUUCUAUAUUCCAGAUAUACCAAACCUGGAGCUAUUUCCAGUCUCACUGCUGUAUUCCAAAGUUGUGGAAAAUCUCAAGAUGAUACAGUUCUCAAAAAGCUCAUGGAACUCAUUACAAGUGAUCAGACAUAUUAUGGAAUGUUUCACUACUUUAACAAGGUAGAAACACUCAAGCAUCAAAAGACCAUGAGUCCAAAAACCAUCUUUUUCAUCAUUGUUGUUUUUGCCGUGUUUUUGAUUUCAUUACCUCUCUUAUUUAAACUCUUUAAAUAA